AUGUUUAGUCGGCAUUCCUACAGUUUCUUUGGGUCUGUGAAUCGACUUGAUUCUGAUUCCAGUUGUUCCCAUGGUUGCACCAAGGAACGGAUUUCUUGGAUUUCGGAUGAUGGAGAGAGCAGUGAAGGAAAUGCCAAUAGUUUACCAUGUUCUCCAGCAUCGAUCAACACUACAGGAGCAAAGAUUACUUCUGGAAUACAAUCUCCUCGAACAUUGGAAAAGAGUGGGUAUUUACACAAACAAGGAGGUGUUCAAGGAAAUAAAGGUUGGAGAAAACGAUGGGUUAUAUUCAAUGGAAGAGAUCUUCGUUAUUAUUCAAAUGAAAAGACUCAAGUGUCUAAACGAAUAGUCCCUCUGUCUUCUAUGAGAGAAGUUGACCAAGACAUUAAGGAAACAGAAAAGAAUCAAUUCAAGUUUGUCUUGAAAACAAAAAAUCGCAAUUUUCUUUUUGCCACUGAAACAUUGGAGGAGAACAUUCUUUGGUGCAGCACUCUCAAACAGGCAAUUUUACUCUUCAAACCAACACCAGAAGACACUCUGGAAGGAGGCAUCAUGAAUAAUCCAGACAAAUCAGGACAUGUGAAAUUUGAAGGUUUUGGCAGGUUUUAUGUGGUUGUUAAGAAUAGCAUCUUGUGUUAUUACAGGCGCUUUGAGGAUUUUCAAAUUGGUUCUCCAAUAAAUGAACUUGAUAUGAAAUUAGCAUCAGUGAAAGAACUCUCAAAGACUAAACUGCAACUCUAUACUAAUUAUUUCCAAGUAUGUUUGAUCUUUGAGAAUGCUUUAGAAACCCAGCAAUGGAAGGAAACACUUAAGAAUGCCACUGAAAUUGGUCUUUGCACACAGCAUGGAUUCUCUGAAAGUCCAGCUGCAAAGGUGUGGGAAAAUCCAAGCAACAAAAACUGUGCUGAUUGUGAUGCUCAAGAUCCAAAUUGGGCUGCUCUUGAUUUCGGAAUAUUAAUUUGCAAGAAAUGUUCAGGUAUUCAUCGGGAAUUUAAUUUAGUCAAAUCUCUCUUACUUGACUAUAAAAUUUGGACACCAUCAUUAAUUGAGAUGAUGCAACAAAUUGGUAAUGAAAAUGCCAACAAUUUCUGGGAAUUUGGGAUGAAUCCUGCUUUGAAGAUUGACAGCAAUGCAACUGAUAUUGAAAGGAAGGAUUUUAUUGAGAAUAAAUACAAGAAAAAGCUCUUCAUAAAUUCCCACCAUCUUCAUAAUCAACCAAACAUGCUCAAUGAGGCACUUCUUGAAGCUGUGAAAACUGAUGACAUAUUAAAAACAAUGAAGAUAUUAUUCUCUGGUGCUGAUCUUAAUUACACUUCACCUGAGAGGCCAACAGAAACAGCUUUCCAGCUUGCCAAAAAAUCAAGUCAGAGGUUACAAAUGGAAUUUCUUCUUCAUAACCAAGCAGACAAGAUGGUACAUUUGCCUGGAGGAGAUAACUGUGAUGAGCUUGUUGCAACAAUGAGAAAUGCUGUUCAUUAUCAAGGCUACUUGCAUAAGACCGGGGUUAAUAUGAAAGCAUCUGAUUUUCUUCGACGAUGGUGUUUGUUAGAACAUUGCUGUCUCAGUUAUUAUGCUGACAAAAAGCACACUGUUGCAAAAGGAAAUAUUGAGAAUACUAUGAUGUUGGUGAUCCAGGCAACAGUUAUGGAUAAGUAUCCUUACUCAUUUGAAUUAAGUACCACACAGCACAAUAACAGAAUUUAUCAAUUUGCAGCAGAAUCAUUACCAGAACAGACUUCAUGGAUGCAAGCUCUUGCCAAGAUAUUCUGUCCUCCACAUAUUAUGAGUGCUGUGACUGAAUUUGAUUUGGCUGGGUAUUUUUAUUUCAAAUGGCAUGGAAUGGAAUGGUCCAGAAUUUGGUUGAGAAUUUAUUGUAAAGAACUCAGAAUUUUUACAAAGGAUAAAGAGGGAGAAAAGUAUGAUCUACGAAAAACAAUCAAUGUCAAUGUGAUUAAUAGUGAGCAAUGUCCACAUACAAUUCAGAGUGGCUAUCCUUUCAUAGCUGGCUUUCCAGAAAGGAGCCUUUACUUUCAGGCUGAUCUUCAACAUGACACAGAAAGAUUGGAAAAGGCUAUACGUGCUGCAACCACUAAAUGCCAGAAUAGACUUGAAGACCAGCAACUUACAUCUGAUGAUGUUCCAGUAAUUGUAGAUAAAUGUAUUAAAUUCAUUAUGACAAAUGGUCUUUCAGAAGAUGGCAUCUACAGACGAAAUGGUAUUCAAUCCCGAGUGACAGCAUUGUUGGAAACCUUUGAAAAAGAUGCUCAGGAUGUCCAUCUGCUUUUGAAGAAUUUUACUCUCCAUGAUGUUACAAGUGCACUGAGAAAGUUUUUCCGGAACUUGGAAGAUCCUCUUCUUACUAGGAAAUCCUAUGAAGACUGGCUUAAUGCUGCUUCAAAAGAAGAUACUCAGAUAAAACUCAAGUUAUACAAAUAUUUGGUAGACAGCCUGCCUAGUAUCAACCGAAACACAUUGAAGAAAAUGGUUAUUCAUCUCUGGAGUAUCUCUCAGCAUCAACAUGAAAACAAGAUGGGAAUUGAUCAGCUGGCUAUUGUAUUUGGGCCAACACUUAUGUCUGCUGAAUCAACGCAGAAUGGUCAAUAUGUAUAUUACAAAACAAAUGCUGAAAUUUCUGUAAUACGGGAAAUCAUUUUUUACCAUGAAUAUUUAUUUGAAGUAAAGCCUGAAAAGGAAAUUGAAGACAAAAUUCAGAAGGCAUUACGAGAUCUUGAAAUCAGGAAAUCAAUGCAUCAAACAAAUGAAGAUCUCAGUUCACUGAAUCUCCAUAUACAUGUCGGUGUCUACAAUUCCGAACCAAUUAUGAUUAAUGGAUCAUUUCAAAUGUCUGCAGAAGAUUUGUUGAAAAGUGUUAAACAAAAAAUAUUCCUUAAAGAUGUUAACUGGUUACUUUUUGAAGUUGUAUGUAAAGGAAUGUUAGAGCGUCCAGUGCAUAAUUUUGAGGUGAUAGGAGAUGUGAUUGGCCAGUGGCAAAAUUGGGAUGAUGCAGAUGCUCGUACAGCGGUACUGUUGGUCAGACAGGAACAUCUCUGUACUCAGCUGAGAGACCAUUAUGAUCCUGCUCGAUCACUGAUGGCAGAAUUAGAAUUCAGUGAUAAAAAAGGAAUCAAAAAAUAUUUAUUUGAAUUUUCUCAAGCAAGACUCUCUUAUUAUAAAGAUACAAAGGGAACAAAUUUAGUGUCAUCAUGGAGAGUGGAGGACUUGAUUAUUUAUAAGGGAGUAGAGGCUGGUCGGAAUUCCAAAGAUCGGACAGGUUUCACUUUUGUUGUGAAGAAUGUAAAAACAAAAAGAACUAAAGAUGCUCCUUAUUUUGGGCAUGCUUUGUAUUUCCCAACUGAAGGCAUGAUGCUUUGUUGGUAUGCUGGUAUGAUGUUUACUAAGUUCCCUUCUAUAUUUUGA